AUGCCCGCUGCAAAGUCGAAGGCCGCAGCGAAGGCCAAGUCAGGCUCGAGCGGGGGCUCUGGCCGAAACAGAUCCGUUCACACGAGGGCGCUGCAGAAACUCAGUGACAAUUUCAAAGAUUUUCCGCACGAGUGCUGCUACGUGAGGGUGCUGCCGUCCACCGGUCGCACUUUGAUCCAGCAGCUGGAGCAUGACAUUGCCAGGGCGGAUCGCGGCGAGGACGUUGUCUGGGGGGCACACUACUACAUCGCCCGUAAGCAGGAGUAUUCGGCCGAUGAUUCCUACUUUGUCGCCCUCAAGCCGGACCCGUCUGACCAGUCUGUCCCGAACGAAUAUUUAAUGAAGGCGAUGCAGGCGCUGAAGGACCCUCGCAAGCCAGACCGCGGGCCCAUGCUCACGUACCUCAAAACCGCUACGGAAGCGUCCAAGAAGGACACACAGGGCGUUCUUCGAUGGCUUUGUGGCUUACGUUUGGCGGACACCGACGUGCAGUUGCCGUGCGCUGACGCGGUGCUUGCCUGGAUGAGCAGGUUGCGGAUUCACCAGCUGUACCCCGACUUGUUUGCGAUCGCGAAGGACGUGGUCGAAAAGGUCUUGGCGCUACGUUGGGGUUCUGUGUCUAAGCACGUUGACCAGGCCGAGUUCUGCAGGAACAACGAGCGCGACCUGAAGCUCGUCUAUCCUGUCGAUCCGCUUCGGCAGGUCAUUGCUGCUGGGGAGUCCUGGGCCAAGUCUUGCCACACUGAAAUCGUGCAGCUGGCGCGCUGCGGGGUGAUCGGCGAGGCGAUGUUCCACUCCAAGAUGUCCGACGUUCUCUCCGCUGCGGCGGCGCAGGAGAUCGACGAAAAGAUUGUGGCUCUCUGCACUCCGUCGGCCCCCAACACGCGAGUGCCAAUGAACAACGAAGUGUUUGAGGAUUGGCGAGGGCAGAUCGUGGCAGAAGUCAAUGCUAUCGAUGGCGUGGAGCAGCUGGCCUCCAAGAGGUUCGUCGACGUGCCGUACCGCAGCAAGGCCAUUCCGAAAGUCCCAGUGACCUGCAUGGUGAACGACGUGGAGCUCCGUCUCUGGGGCGUGAUCAAAGGUAGCGGUGUCGCUCACGGGCAGAUCCCGAAGCACCAGGCGGAGGUCCUCCUGGGGUACAGCGACUCGCCAGCCGAGAAGGCGCUGCAAGUUCACGACGACAUGUUUAGCAAGGCGAAGCUCGCCCGCCAGAAGCUCGGCCAGUUCAUCGCUGCGAAGCAGGUCGCGAGCUCAGACGACAUGCAUGACGUCGUGAAGACCAACAAGCACAAGCUCGAGGUGAUGGACCCGGAUUCGUGGGCGCUCGAUCACGCCCUCUUGAUGAGCCUCUGCGGGGCCACCGCGGAGCAGAGGGCCACGUGCGUCAUCAUGUGCGAGAUGCCCGCGGCCGCCCGCGAGAUCACGGUGAAGCAGUGCAAGGCUCGCUUGGAGACCCUUGCGAACGGCGAGCAGAUGAAAAUGAGCCCUGUGGGCGCGCAGGCUGGCCUGAAGUAUCUCGCGAAGGUGCUCGGGUCUAUGUGCCUCGGCGCCCCCCUCGAGGUGAAGAAAGACGAGGUGUCGAAAAUGGUGUCCGACUGCGUUAGCACGUUCCAGUACUUCCUUAGCCGCCGGACGACUGAGGGGAGGGUCACGGGGGCAGCGGCCUACCGCCGCAUCGUGGAGAUCGCAGAGGACGCCAUCAAGAAAAAGCAGCAGGUCGACCAGAAGGACUUCGAUGAUAUCGUCAUGUACCGCUACCUGUGCCCCUCUGACAUCGAUGGCCGCGUUGUCCAGCUGAUCCAGGAGUGCCAGAAGGCCGACGGCAAGGGCCCCCCGCUGAAGAAACCUAAAACAGCUGGCGCCGCAGGCGGCGCUGCGAAAGGCGGCGGCAGCUCCAGCUCGUCUGGCGGGGGCAAGCAGCCGAAGGCGCAGGAUCUGGCGAAGGCGUCUGCCAUGGCGAUGUUCUCCUGA